AUCAAAGCCUCGGUUUCCGGAUUAUGCGGAGCCCGCAUGUAGUUUUUCUUAGCUCAUUUAGGUCUUUUUAUCUUAAAUCACAGUGCAUACUUAUCUGCCAUAUGAUUCUAUGCCUUUGGAUUUCCCUUCCAUAUUUUCUUCUUCUAUCAAGAUUAGCACCGAUCAUCAAGACCUUUCGUCAUCAGCAACUAGAUUAUCCUUUUUUUUUCUGGUAACAAUAUGAGAUCUAGCCAAUUUUCUUCCUCUUCCUACGACUCAAAUUGGACGCCUGAGCAGAACAAAAUGUUUGAGAAUGCUCUGGCAAAAUAUGAUGCAGAUGUUCCUGAUCGAUGGCAAAAAAUAGCCAAGCUAGUUGGUGGGACAAACGAGCAGGAAGUGAAAAGGCAGUAUGAAAUCCUUCUAGAUGACAUCAAGCGCAUUGAAUCAGGCAAAGUACCCCUUCCUAAGUACAGGAGAAAUGAAGGAAGCAGCAGGAUCAACGGCAUUAGCAAUGAAGAGCAGAGACUGAAGCAUCUAAAGCUCUAAUGGUGAAUGGUCAAUGUAGCAGUAGAGGCUGCUAGCUAUUCCCCGGAAAAGUUUAUCAAUUUGUUUAGCAAUUAAAAGGCUGCCCAUUUAUCUUGCUUUACAUUCUUUCUUCCUUUUUUGAUGUAAUGAUCUUAUCUGUGCCCACCUUCCAUAUA